GCUCAUUAUGUCACGGAAGAGAAAAUGUUUCACAACAUUAAUCUAUUCCACCCCGUUGACGUAGACAGACGGUUAACGCGUUCAAAUUGUAUAACCUGGUCCUGGGUGAUGGUGCAGUAACAAAUGUUUUUAAAUGACCUAGACAUUCUUUGAAGCAGGCUCCAUGAACAACCUGAAUGACCCCCCAAGAUGGAACAUUCAACCAGACCCACGAGAAAGGGGGGAGGGAGGCGCAGAUGGCAGCCAAUGGAACUAUGCCCUGCUGGUGCCUAUGCUGGGUCUGGCUGCAUUUCGUUGGAUCUGGACCCGAGAGUCUCAGAGAGAAAUCGAGAAGGUCAAAUCCAAGUAUAACAAGGAUGUGUUCCUGGUGAAAAGUGAGAUGGAGUCACGGUAUGAGGAGACGUUAACAGAGAGGCGCCGAGCCGUGGCUGCCUUGGAACUGGAGCUGGAGAAGGAGAGACAGAGGGUAAAAGGCUACAAGCAGGCCAUGAUCUCCCAGAGUCAUCAUAUAGUCGAAGAACAAAAACGUUUACAGCAGGAGCGUGAGUGGUUGGAGGAAGAGAAGCAAAGAUAUAUCAAGUCCGGAGCUGGAGGGGCUAUGCUGCAUCAAGCCAUGGAGCAACAGAACGAGUGGUUUCAGAGAGCCAACGCUACACUGCGCGAGCUUGAGGCUCAACUUGUGGAGCGCCAGAAUGCCUACUGUUCCCUAAUCCUGCCUCGAGACAAGCGCCUAGAGAUGGAGAGAAACAUGCUCCUGAAAGCAGUCAAAGAGCCUGUCACGGAUGAACUUAAUCUAGAGGCUGAUCUUCAAGAUAUUUUUAAGAGGGAUAAGCAUUGUGCAAACCUGACGAACAUGGACAAGAGAAAGAACGGAAGUCUCAUGUGGGUGUAUCUCAAGUACUGGCAGCUGAAGGUCACUGUUCAGAAACACCAGAGAAUUGAGGCGGCCAUCUUAGCGAGAAAUAUUAAGCCUCAAACAAAAUGAUGACUAGCUGGGGCGAUGGUUUGUGUUUGACUCGUGGAUCAGAAAUGGAAUAUGCGCGAAGUUGUGACCUCUUGUCAUAUUUUAAAAAUUCUGCAGAUUAGUUCUUACUUAAGAUAUCCAAAUAAGACUUUUACAUUUUUUUACAGAUGAGCUUGAGCCGCUCAUAUUUGACUGACUGUGCUCAUAUUUAAAUCAGAUACAUACAUAGAUAAUAUCGACAUUGGAUACGCAGUCAAAGCUUAGAAUGUAAACAGACAUGUUCUUUUGAUUUGUUUUUUUUUCACGGUUUGUGUCAUUUAACUUUCCGGGAAAUCUAACGUUAAUUUACGAAAUCUUUAUCCUCAUCGUCAUGAGACAUGCACUUGAUUGUCAACGUUUAGUUUCAUGCUGCUUGAUUGAAAGUUAUUUUAUCUUGAAAUUCUGAAAAACUUGUUCCUAUCCAACUCCAAGUCUUCAAGUUCAUCCCUGAUAAGAUGGCACUCAGGACACAUCACAUAAGGUCCCGGCUCUAUUUAAGCAAUUGAACAAAUAUCAGAAGAGGGCACCGAGAGGUCUUUGACCCUACAUACAAAGAAAAUGUCAUGUUUGAAUUUUCUUAUGUCAAUAUGACAAUCAUGUUUUAAUUUUUACGUUAUCCUUGAGAGUAAGAGCUCAAUUUUAUGUUUAGAUGCAUAGACCGUAAACAAUCUACAAUUUGCACACAAUAAAGCCUUGGUGCAGGAAUUGGGUGCACUUUCUGUGUUCUUCCUAUUAAGGAUGAAAACUUGUCAAGAGUUGAGGGGGAGCUCCCAUGCUACUGGUUUGCCUGAGAGUAAUAGAACGGUGUGAACAAGUGUUUGUCCCCUUCCUGUUUUUUUUUUUUUUUUUGGUAUGUUUGUCACACUUAAAUGUUUCAGAUCAUCAAAUUUAAAUAUUAGUAAAAGAUAACACAAGUAAACACAAAAUGCGGUUUUAAAAUGAAAGUUUUUAUUAUUAAAUGGAAAACUAAAUCCAAACCUACAUGGCCCUGUGUGAAAAGGUUUUUGCCCCUUCCGUUAAAACAUAACUGUGCUUUAUCAUACCUAAGUUCAAAUUUUCUAGCCACACCAAAGCUUGAUUACUGCCACGCUGUUUUCAAUCAAGAAAUCACUUAAAUAGGACCCGCCUGACAACGUGAAGUAGAUCAAAAGAUCCUCAAAAGCUAGACAUCAUGCUGUAAUCAAAAGAAAUUCAGGAACAAAUGAGAACGAAAGUAAUUGAGAUAUAUCAGUCUGGUAAAGGUUACAAAGCCAAUUCUAAAGCUUUGGAACUCCAGCGAACCACAGUGAGAGCCAUUACCCACAAAUGGUGAAAACAUGCAACAGUUGGCGAACCUUCCCAGGAGUGGCCGACCGAGCGAAAUUGCCCCUAAGAGCACAGCAACGACUCAUCCAAGAGGUCACAAAAGACCCCACAACAACCAAAGAACUGCAGACCUCUAUUGCCUCACUUAUGACUCCACCAUAAGAAAGACAUUGGGCAAAAAUGGCCUGCAUGGCAGAGUUCUAAGACAAAAACCACUACUGAGCAAAAAGGACAUUAAGGCUCAUCUUGCUUUUGCCCCAAAAAACAAAAAACAUCUUGAUGAUCCCCAAGACAUUUGGGAAAAUACUCUGUGGAUUGACGAGACAAACGUUGAACUUUUCGGAAGGUGUGUGUGUCCCGUUACAUCUGGCGUAAGGGUAACACCUUAUUUCAGAAAAACCACACAAAAAACUAUGGUGGUGGGAGUGUGAUGGUCUGGGACUGUUUUGCUUCUUCAGGACCUGGAAGACUUGCUGUGAUAAAUGGAACCAUGAAUUCUACUCUUACCCAAAAAAUCCGAAAGGAGAAUGUCAGGCCAUCGGUUUGUGACCUCAAGCUGAAGUGAACUUGGGUUCUGCAGGACAAAUCAUCCAAAACACACCAGCAAGUCCACCUCAGAAUGACUGAAGAAAAACAAAA